AGAGUGGAGGUGUUCAGGGUAACACCCCCUCUAGCACCCAUCUGCCAGUCCUGCUUUGCCUGGCCCUGCCCUAGACCCAGCUUUGGAGAUUGGGCCUGGGCCUGGCCAUGGAGAGGGAUCCAGGGUCCUACAGGACCCUAAGAGGUUAAAGGACUCCCCCCACCCCCGGCCCCCCCGAUCAGCAUCCUGGGAGGCCUGGAGAAGACUGGUGGGGGCUGACAUUGGGUUUGAAGGCAGCCAGCCCAGGAACGCUAUUUAUUGAAUAUUUAUUGUUGGGAUGUCACCAUCAGAGAGAAGGGGAGGGGUGACGAGGGAGGGGGUCCUACCCAGCCCGCCUGCAGGAAGUCCUGGCUCAGAUUACUGUGGGCAGGGACCCCCACCAAGCUGAGCUUAAUGGAGCCAGCCAGCUGAAGCCUGACUUUUUUCAAUAAAACAUUGUGUACUUCUGGGCCUCCUGCUGCCCGAGCUCUGUUUCCCCUGGCGCCAAGGGAAAAAGGCGGAACUGAACCCAGGCCCAGAGCCUGCUCCAGCUCCAAGGCUGUGCCCCUUUCCCCACAACCUCUGGCCAUAGUCAUUGGCUAGACUGUCCCUCCCACUGGCCCCGGGGCCCCUCCCACCGCCACUCCAGAUAAGGCCAGCCCAAGACUGCUUCACUGGGCAGUAGGCACUAGGGCUGGAAUGGGGCUGCCCGGUUCCCCAUGGCAGUGGGUGCUGCUGCUGGGGCUGCUAUUCCCCCCUGCCGCCUCCUUCUGGCUCCUCAAUGUGCUGUUCCCCCCGCAAACCACGCCCAAGGCUGAGCUCAGUAACCACACACGGCCCAUCAUCCUCGUGCCUGGCUGCCUGGGGAACCAGCUGGAAGCCAAACUGGAUAAACCAGAUGUGGUGAACUGGAUGUGCUACCGCAAAACAGAGGACUUCUUCACCAUCUUUCUGGAUAUCACUAUGUUCCUACCCCUUGGAGUAGACUGCUGGAUCGAUAACACCAGGGUUGUCUACAACCGCAGCUCUGGGCGUGUGUCCAAUGCCCCCGGUGUACAGAUCCGUGUCCCUGGCUUUGGCAAGACCUACUCUGUUGAGUACCUGGACAAAAACAAGCUGGCAGGUUACAUGAACACCCUGGUGCAGAAUCUGGUCAACAAUGGCUACGUGCGGGAUGAGACAGUGCGGGCUGCCCCCUAUGACUGGCGCCUGGAGCCCAACCAACAGGAGGAGUACCACCAGAAGCUCUCUGGGCUGGUGGAAGAGAUGUAUGCUACUUAUGGAAAGCCUGUCUUCCUCAUUGGGCACAGUCUUGGCUGCCUGCACCUGCUCUAUUUCUUGCUGCGCCAACCCCAGUCUUGGAAGGAUCGCUUCAUUGAUGGCUUCAUCUCUCUUGGGGCUCCCUGGGGUGGCUCCAUCAAGCCCAUGCUGGUCUUGGCCUCAGGUGACAACCAGGGCAUCCCGAUGAUGUCCAGCAUCAGGCUGAAACAGAAGCAGCGCAUAACAACAACGUCCCCCUGGAUGUUUCCCGACUACCGGGUAUGGCCUGAGGACCAUGUGUUCAUUUCCACACCCAGCUUCAACUACACAGGCCGUGACUUCCAGCGCUUCUUUGAAGACCUGUACUUUGAAGACGGCUGGUACAUGUGGCUACAGUCACGUAGCUUGCUGGCAGGACUCCCGGCACCUGGUGUAGAAGUGUAUUGUCUGUAUGGCGUGGGUCUGCCCACGCCCCAUACCUACAUCUUUGACCAUGGCUUCCCCUACACAGACCCCGUGAGCAUGCUCCAUGAGGAUGGCGAUGACACUGUGGCCACACGCAGCAGUGAGCUCUGUGCCCAAUGGAAGGGCCUCCAGCCACAGCCUGUGCACCUGCUGCCUCUGAACGGGACAGAGCACCUCAACAUGGUCUUCAGCAAUCAGACACUAGAGCACAUCAAUGACAUCCUGCUGGGUACCUACCGACAUAGCACCUCUGUACCCACAGCUGCUAGCCCAGGGACCCCGCCCCCUGAAUAAAGAUCAUCCUUUGCUGCUGUAA